ACAUUAAUUCCUACUAAUCGCCAUUUUUACAAAGCUGAAUUUUAGGGAAGGAUGGAGUUUCUGCCGUGGAUAAAAAGGAACCGCCGUUAGUGCUCCAAAUGUACCGCGUUGGGCAACAACACGAGCCCAACCUGAAACCCCUCCAUAUAAAAACCCUCAAAGCGCCGGACGGAACUUCGCAGUCAGCACGCGGAACAGUCACAGAAUCAACAGGACCGCCGCUCCUCCUCCUCCCUCUAUUUCCCCCGGCUCGGCGUCUCCAUCUCGCUCUCUUACUCCGUAAACCCUACCAUAUCCAAUCCAUAUUCGCGCAAUGGGUAGGCCUUCGCAAUUCCUUAUCGCCGUUUAUUGAUUCUGCUCUCUCUUUUAUCCGUUGGUGAAGAACUUCUUCGAUGCUCGAUGCUCGUCUCUCUGCUUCCGAUCUGACUGGCUGUUACUUUCUAGCUGGUGGUUUUGGUUUAGUUCGCGUAAUUUGAUGUGAAAACGCGUGCUAAGCAUUGUCUUGUAGUUAUAGUUGGGAGUUUGUGAAUUUGUUAUUGUUUCAUCAAUCGAUGUCCGUCUCCCUCUGCUCAGGUUUAUCCCGUAGCAGUUCUCGUGUAUGAGUUCUAUGAGGUUAUGCAGUAGUUUAGGAUUUGUUUGGGGGAUUAUUGGGGAAAUUUAGUGGUUUUGCUUCUGUGAGAAUCUGCAGUAAUUUCUUUGCUUGGAGCUCCAUUAUUUUUGGAUUAGUUGGAUUCAUUGCCUAGUCUGGUGCUGCUAUUGUUUCAUUGACAUGGAUGACACUGUGUUAUCCUAACUUGGUGGCGGGUCUUAACAUUGGUCUACUGUCUGCUCUUGUGGUGUUUGUUGAUAGAUAUUGAAGAAGAUAUCCGUGCAUUGCAGCUUGAUUCUGCAGGUGGUAAUCGUAAUGUAUACACUAUCCAUCUUUUAUAAGUCAGUUGUUGAAGUUGUGGAUUCACUUCUUACACUGUAUGCUGUUAAAUUGAAUAAUGCGUAGAAGAGAAUAAUGGGGCCAUAAAUCCAGAAGAUGCACAGCCUGAACAUGUUGAAGAGGUCGAUAAAAUGGAUGAAGGUUGGUGGCUUAGGCAUGAUUGUAGCGAUUGGAUUAAUUUUUUUUUGUUUUUGCCCUUUUCACACAUUCUUCUGCCUGCUCAUAGUUGUAUUGAGUUCUUUUAGGCGCAACCCUUAUAAGUAAAGAAUCAUUAAGGCAUUUCUAAACUGUUUGGAAUGCAUUUCAUGCCAUUUAGAUAGUUGUUAUCUUACAAGCCAUUUAGUUCCAUAGUGCUAAAACCUGUAUGACACUAUGACUAUGUAUGUUGGGUCUUUUGAGUCCUUGCAGCUUGGCUGUAAAUUAGGCAAAUGUUCCCUGGGUCUUUAUUCUUCAUAUGUGCAACUUAUGUGAGAAUGCAUCCUCACGAACUGGUCCUUCACAUGUAGACUAGGGGACAAAGAAACGAUGAUCCUAUGGGGGGGUUUUUUUUUUUUUGUGAAUAUAAGACGCUGGUUGUCUGCGGUUUAGAUCUUUUUAGAUGCUGCUGCUUACAUUUUUGGCUGGUUGCAAAAUAGUUUAUGUUUUUUGGUUGAUGGAGGACAAUGCACUAUUUGCCGUGGGAAUAACAUCUACUGUUGAAGGGCUUCUUUUGUGACAUUAAGUUUGAUCUUUCUUAAGUUUUCCUCUCUUUAACCUGCUUUUCCUUGAUUCAAGCAACAAACUCUUGGAUGUCCUGGAGAAACUAGAUAUAUAAUCUGAUGGCUAGCUUGUGAACUAGUUUAGUGGAGUAUUAAUUGUGCUUGGUGCUGUAUGAAUCGAUCUCCUUAUUGGUUUUGGUUUCAAUAUUGGUAGAUUCAAAACCCGACACUUCUGUGAGCAGCGAGGAGGUGCAGCAAGCUGAGGCAGAAGGUCUAAUGGGCCACUUCUGCCGCUAUUUUCUGAUUUUAUAGUUUAUUUCUAUUUCUCUACUUAUCGGGAUUGGUUAUGCAGUGCCACACAAGGAAGUACGUGCACCAGAAGUGGAAGAGCCAUCUAAGGAGGAAGUGGGGAAUAAGAAGCGGCAUCUAAAUGUUGUUUUUAUUGGACAUGUUGGUAAGUUGGCUUGGAUAUUGGUACUUCCAUUAAAAUUGAAGAUACCUGCACAAGUUAUGUAACACAGCUGGUUGUCUUUUCAUAGACAGUUCUCAGCUCAGUAUCUUGAAGGAUGCUGUAUUCAUUGUUGUAUUUUUAUCUCAAUGCUUAUUUUUCUUUUUUUGUUUUUUGUUUUCUCAAAUACAUUAGCUGAGUUGUUUCUAACUUCCUUAUUUCUUUUUGAAAGUACUAAGAUAAUUUACUUUGGGUUUGCAGAUGCUGGCAAGUCCACCACUGGAGGCCAGAUACUGUUUCUCAGUGGUCAGGUUGAUGACCGUACAAUUCAGAAAUAUGAAAAAGAAGCAAAGGAUAAAAGUAGAGAAAGCUGGUACAUUCUGGUUCUCAGAAUGGAUUAACAGUAAAUGAUAUUAUGUUCUUUUUUUGGCUUUAUUGAAUGAAAUGCAAAAAAAAAAAAAAACUUCCCUUAGUUGUGCUCCAUAUGAUUGAAGCUAUCUCUGAAUUGAAGAGACUUGUGGUCGUCUAGUAUGCUAUACACCCGACUUGAGAUGUUAUGUUGGCCAAUAGAGCAGAUUUUGAUGGCUAUUGUCAGGAUUCUUAGUUUUAUUUAACCUGUUUAACCCAUCAUUAAUUGGUCCUGAUUUAUAGGUACAUGGCGUAUAUCAUGGACACCAAUGAAGAGGAGAGACUCAAGGUUUGUUCUGAGAAUGGCUUCUCGCUGAAUCAUAUCCCUGAGAUGUUGCUUAGCUAUAGUUUAAUGUUUCUUUUCAUCAAUUCCUUGGUCUUGCUUAUUUAUAUGUCAUGUGUUGCUGACUCUAGGGAAAAACUGUUGAAGUUGGAAGAGCUCAUUUUGAAACAGAGACAACAAGAUUCACCAUUUUAGACGCGCCGGUGAGUGAAUGUUGCUUGUAUCUCGUCUACAUUGACUUAAAUUUAAGUUAGAUUGGUCGGUUGGUGCCUGGCAUUGGUGUUAUGUUCUUGUUCAUUGCAAAUGUGCUACCCACAAAUCUCGCUGCCCACUCUCUUGUUCUUCAUCCCCUCUCUGCUCCAUUGUUGAAGUCCAGUUUAAUGUGUUACUACCUAUUUAUAGGAUGGCAUUGUUGCCAAAUCUAUAAAAAGAAGUUUAAAAACUUACCACAGAGGGCCAUAAAUCACUCACGAUGGUAUGUUGGUGAUUGAUCAGCCGCCAUUCCAUCCUUGUUUUCAUGCUGUGAAUGCUAUUCCAUCAAAGAAGUUUCAGUCACAUGUGUCAUUAACACAAUCAUUACUGUAAGUAGGAUAGUUAUCGAAGUGGUCUUGUGCUUCCAAAUUCUUCUGAAAGAAGUUCGAAAACCGACCACUUGAGAAUUUAGAAAUUACUAGCGAUGGGCUGUUUUGUGAUUGAUGUGCUACAAUUCAUCAGUGGCUUCAUGCAUUGGUGCUGUUGCGUCAAAGAGGCCUCAGAUACAUUGUUCAUGAACACGAUUAUUAGUCAAGUAGAAGGAUAGUUAGAAAGUGCAGCUAGGCCCAUAAUUAAGGAAUCCUUGAAUAGUGUGUGGUAUUCAUUCCUAAGGAAUCAUCUGUUUAGUAUGGUACUUGGUGAACAGUUGUCUUUCUCUCCUUAUCUUUUCCUUAGCCACUUUGUAUAGUAGAUAUUUGCAUAUGCAUCGGCCUUCGGAUGCUAUCUGGCUUUCCUGUUGAGUAAAGUAGAAUGUAAAGUACUGUUUGAAUUAUGUUAGACAAAUGAUCCUGGGAAAGUAGUUAUAGUUUCGGACUUCCACAGAAUUCUUAGUUAGGAACCAAGAUUGCAAUGCCAAUCUAUGGUGGGGUAAUUUGGAAGCAAGUUUUUGUUUUGUUUUUCUGUCUAUACAUGUUAAAUUUGUCCCGCAUGCCAUUAAAUCCUUUUCCAAUAAUAAUAUCUUUAUGUUCUUUGAAUGAAUACAGGGUCACAAGAGUUACGUUCCAAAUAUGAUAAGUGGAGCAUCUCAAGCUGACAUUGGGGUUCUUGUAAUUUCUGCACGAAAAGGUGAAUUUGAAACUGGAUAUGAGAGAGGUGGCCAAACCCGUGAACACGUUCAGCUGGCAAAGACCUUGGGUGUCUCUAAGCUGAUUGUCGUUGUCAACAAAAUGGAUGAUCCUACUGUAAAUUGGUCAAAAGAAAGGUAUGACGAAAUUGAAUCUAAGAUGGUACCAUUCCUCAAGUCUUCUGGUUACAAUGUAAAGAAAGAUCUCGUAUUCCUACCGAUAUCUGGUCUGAUAGGCGCAAACAUGAAAACUAGAAUGGAUAAAACCAUCUGUUCAUGGUGGUCCGGCCCAUGUCUCUUUGAAGCUCUUGAUUCCAUUGAAGUUCCUCCUCGAGAUCCUAAUGGUCCUUUUAGGAUGCCCAUCAUUGAUAAAUUUAAGGACAUGGGAACUGUUGUUAUGGGAAAAGUGGAAUCUGGCACUGUGACCGAGGGCGACUCCUUGUUGGUGAUGCCUAAUAAGACCCAUGUGAAAGUUGUUGGAGUAUACAUCGACGAAAAUAAGGUUAGGCGUGCAGGACCUGGGGAGAAUCUACGGGUUAGAUUAUCUGGAAUCGAUGAUGAAGAUAUAUUAGCUGGUUUUGUAUUGUCCAGUGUUGCAAAACCUAUUGUUGGAGUUACGGAGUUCAUCGCUCAGUUGCAGAUCCUUGAGCUGUUGGAUAAUGCAAUUUUUACGGCUGGUUACAAAGCUGUUCUGCACAUCCAUUCUGUUGUUGAAGAAUGUGAGAUCACUGAGCUAAUUGAGCAAAUAGAUCUGAAGACUAGGAAAGCUAUGAAGAAGAGACCCCUUUUUGUGAAGAAUGGUGCAAUUGUCAAGUGCCGUAUUCAGGUGAAUAGCACGAUAUGCGUAGAACUUUUCUCGGAUUUCCCGCAACUGGGCAGAUUCACUCUUAGAACCGAGGGGAAGACAAUUGCGGUCGGUAAAGUAAUGAAACUUCCUGCGAUUUCAGCUUAAGCAAUUUUGUCGUAUGAGGUGAGUCGGCUAAUGCUUCUUAAAGACUCGUCCGGGUGGAAGUUUCCUGCGCUCAACAACUCGAUCGGCUUUGUUUGUGACAGGUGAUGCCCUCGCCGGUGCAAGAAGGUUAAAUAUUCACGUACGGUGGCUCCUUGGUUUUCUGUAGUGAACAUCGACUGUAGAGUGUUUGUUGCUGCUUACUGGGUGUGGGGGUGGAUGAUUCUGUUAUAGCCAGUAAAUUUGUUCUUUAGUU